GGCAGGCAAGUACGCGCCGAGCCGAGGAGCCGCUCGUGUCCAUCGGCGAAGGGAAGGGCGCGCGCUGCGCGAUCAAUGCCGCUAGAAGUGCGUCGCAAGUUGAAGUUCGAUGCCAACAUGUGGAACCCCAGCCCCAUCCCAGAAGUGACAUGGGACACGGGACUGAAGGAGAUGAACGAGACGUGGAAGGGCGCGAUCGCGUGCCUCGGCGUGGCCGUCUUCUUCGUCAUGACCAUCGGGAUCAUUUACUGGCAGGUGGUGGAUCAGCCCAACAAGAACUGGAUCCUCAAGGGGACCUUCAGCGGCGUCAUCUGGGAGAGACGGAGCCACGCGCUGCUCAUCCACACCCUGAGCGAGGACAAGAGCUUCGUGGAGAUCGACGUGGGCGACCUGGGCGCCCCCGACGUGGACGCGCCUUUCGUGCGCAACCUCUGCUGGUCCAACAGGACCGAGUUCUGCUACACGUGGGACGCUGUGGCCGAGCUCAAGAUCUCCGUGGAGGAGGCUGCCGAGGAGAGCGAGUGCUACCGCGUGAGCUGGACCCCCCUGCGCUGCCAGGUGGAGCUGCAGGAUUGCUUCUCCAUGGCCAACGUGUCGUGGUACGGGGGCGCGGCGUUCCGCACGCAGACAUGGCCCAUAAACGCGGCCAACGCCACCAUGCAGCCGUUCGCCGUGAGCAACCUGAGGGAGCAGCCGGCGGGCUACGGCUCCGUGCUGGAGCGCUACUUCCUGGGCUCCUCAGGUGUGGCUGUGUUGGUGGACCCGGAAGUGCCCCUUCACGUUGGGUUUGACAGCCGGCGGCAGUUCUGCCUGCGGACCCCUCCGAGCGCGGAGCAGCUACCGCUGCAGUACACGGUGUGUGUGGGCCACAAUGCCAAGUCUGUCCACCAGGAGGUGGGGCGACAGCUCUCAACCCACAAACGUGUGCUGCCCAACUUGGACAUACUGCGGUUGCCCUUCUGGAAGCUGCCUGUGAACGUGGACUCUGGAGCGAAGCUGGAGAGAGAGUUGAGGACCUUCUGGAAUCGCCUGAAGAGACACCACCUGGGGGAGGGCAUCAUCGCGCUCAACGAACAUUCCACAUCCUUACUUGCGGACACGGACCACGAAUCGCUCUACGGCAAGAAGAAAGCGAAGCGCCAGACCAGGGAUCUCUCCCUCGUAAAGCUUCUGAACAUUUCCGUCACGCUGUCGCCCUUCCUGAGCGUGAGCUCCCGCCUGUUCCACGCGUCUCUGCAGGAGGGCACCGAGGCGUACUGGCUGAGCCUUCCUGCCGCCCCGCGUGGUCGUCCGAUUCCCCAGUUGACGCAGUGGAAAGGAAAGUUGUGUGUGAAGCUCAACAUCAGCAACCCAGCAGCAGUCAGCUGGUUCCUGGACCGCGUUGGCGGGCUGCACGCCCGGCUGGCCAUGGAGUAUGUCAUCUUGGAGGGUGGGGAAGGAAGCCCUUUGGCGGAACCGGCCCUGCAUCCGCGGAAAGCGUUGUUGAGUGACGGGUACAUCCCCCUUUGGGCGGGCGUGGCGGCGAGCGUAGGCGACACCGCCAUCGUGACCUCGGGUACGAGGUCGAGCCAUGUUCCGCUGUUUAUCCGGAUGAACCCACUGCAGGAUGACUGGAGUUACUCGGGUCUGAAGGGCAUUAUUCCGUCCGUGCUGCACCACAGUCUCCUUGGAUACAACUUCUUCAUCCCCGACGCAGUAGGAGGCUCCCUGUCGGGCGAGUCCGUCGCCGAUCCAGAGCUUUUCAUUCGCUGGCUGGAAAUUGUCUCCUUCCUCCCUGUUAUGGCUUUUCAGAGUCCACCUUGGCUGUGUGGUGAUGAUAAGGUGGUGGACCUCACUAGGGCUUACCUUUCCCUACAUCGGGAGUUCAUCGUCCCGCUCGUAGCGAAAUAUGCCGAGGAGUGGCGGGCCACCCGGAGCCCCAUAUACCGGCCGCUCUGGUGGAUCGGUCCCGAAGACCCGAUCACGUUCACCGUCGAGGACGAGUUUCUGAUUGGUGAAGAGGUCCUGGUGGCGCCGGUGACGGAGAAGGGCGCCGUACACAGAGACAUUUACCUGCCGGGAAGCGGUUUAAAGUGGCAAGACAGGAGUAACGGUCAGGUGUUUGACGGCGGGACGUUUCUAGAAAACUACGCCGUGGGCGUGGAAGAUGUGGCCGUGUUCGUGCAGAGGCGCUCCUGAGCCGCCUUUCCUUCCACCGCACGUUCCCCCCCUCCCCCCCCCCGGGCUACUCCGGUUGCACUUUCUGCCAAGACCACUGACCGUGUUCCAAGACACAACCCUGAGUUUAGCUGUACAAGAUAUUUUUAUACUUGCACUUUACAAAUUCAACAUUAUUUGUGUAAUCUAUUUUUUUUUUUUUAAACUUUUUGAUCUGUUUCAACACUCUG